CAAUUUCUAACAUGUUUGCAUGGCAACCUCGAAGGACUGAGAAGCAGGCAGGAGACACGCGAGGGCAGGUGGCUGAAAGGGAGAAGGGCUCAUUCGUCCACGAACGGAAACGAAUGAGGCAUUACGAUCGGUCAGUUAUCUGUCACUCAAAGCGAAUGAUGAAAACAGAUCGAUCUGAGUUCAAAUCAGAUAUUCGAUCGGUUCAAAUAGGAACGGAGUCGCUCUCGAAGAGAUCUGAAUUUUCUCCACGAAAAUUUCGUAAGUUUGAUUUCGUUGUUAUUUAGUACAAUUUUGGUAUUAUUGUUAUGGGCAAGGGGUAAAGAUAUUCUAGAAGUAGAGACAUUCUCCCCAGGAGAUUUUUCACUUUGGGCCUUUAAGCCUGAAUAUCCGUCAUAUCUUUUCUCCCAACACACUUGGUGCAGACUUAUUUCUUUUCCUAGAGUCUUGAUGAGUACCUCUCGCAUCAGGUAUACCGAGACACCUAAGGUCCAUCUUUGAGGCUACUUAUCUUGGAUAUUUUCCUGUCAAAGGAAUUUCGAAUGUGGUUUCAAUAGUUCUCUUAUGCCAUACCGAUAAACAUGAUAAAUAAUCAUUCAGUUCCAGACGUUAAAAAUUUGUCCUGCUGAUAAAUUUAUUGGCGGUUUCACUUUUCACCGGAAGGUAAUAACAAAGGUGCCUCAGAUGACAGUUGAUGUAACAAGUAAUUCGCUGAGGGAGCGGAAAUGUGGUACGUCUGCGCUCAGCAGCGGACUGUCCCUUUCCUUUCCUCCCCCUCGUCUGCCUUUGUUAUUUUUGCUCUCUUGAGCCUCUUGCCUCUGCUACAAGACUUACCGUUUGUCUGAAAGGAAAUGGAAAAGACUGAUGCAGACUUGUGAAUAGUGGGGUUAAGAAUGUUUUAUCGCUGGUCUGUUAUUAGGAUGUCAAAGGGGAUGAUUUUCUGAAGAAACUUUGUUGCUGCGUCGGCGUGGGAUAUUAUUAGAUACUUUGUUUUUGCAUGAUAAAGUGAGUUAAUAUUGUAAAUAAUGUAAAUUGGCCACCGUAAAGAGCUCCUAGAGCUGACUUUUCGAGCGUUAGCCCUUUGUCCAAGCGUCCGUUUCGCAAUUACGUAAAAAGAAUGAAUAUAAAAAAUAAGUCAGCAGGAAGCCGGAAUCAUACUACAAAAAAAAAAAAAAAAAACAAUAAAUGCUAGAAAAUUAUUUUCAAAAUUGUGUAACCAGAUUUCAGAGAAAUUGGGAUUUAAUAAGUGAAAAAAGUACCCACAUUUGCUUCCCAAGGGUGCAUACCGUACCACCAAUCGAGAUCAUUCAAAUUUCUUCUAAUUAAAAGCUAUCUCACCGUUUUUCCCUUAAGAAUUGAAGUCAUGUUUGCUUCUCAAGCCACCAAAGCAUUUUUUUUAACGAUAACUUUUACAUUUCGGACGCCAAGUGAACUCGAUUUUAUCAACAUAUUUCUUCCGAAACAUUCUCACUACUGAAAGAUAUUUUUAUCAGUCGAGACUUUAUUUAUAUUAUUUACUGAGUUAGACUAGGAUAUCUUAAGGCCCUGAAUAUAUGUUUUGUUGAAAACUUGUAAUUGCCCGUAAAUAGGAUAGAAGAACACGUUCCGUAAAUAAGAUGACCUAUUCCACUUAGUCGAAUUUUAGGCUGCAAAUGAUAGGGGGAGUCUCCUAAAACUGAUGUGAGCGAUUUGAGAAAAAAAAUUUUUAUCGUUUGGCCAUGUCGAGUCUACAGGACAUGAAAGUAAAACCUUCGCGGCUAUAGAUGCAAUGAACAGAGAGUCGCAAGCACAAAUUCACACCCGCCGACGCAGCACCACAGUUUCUCUAAAAACUUGCCAUAUUUAUUCGUUUUAAGUUUACAGUUACCUAUUACAGGACGCAGCGCCACAGUUUCUAUAGAAAGUGUGCCCCAUUUAUUCAUUUCAAAUGACGUUUACAGUUACCCACCGGCGCAGCACCACAGUUUUCUUUAGAAACUCGCUCCCUUCAUUCAUUUUAGGGUUCCAGUUACCUCUUAAAGAGUAGAUUUUCAAAUAAAUAAACCAGCAUGAAGGGCAUCCAAUGCAAUUAAACAAUGCAGUCAGUCUGUUUUAAAUAUGAUACCAGAAUCAGUGAUCUAGAUAUCAGACAACAAUUGCAAGCAUUCAGUGUCCAUCAUUUUCUUCUGAACUGAGAACACAAACGGAACAAGUCAAAGUUCUUCUCUAAACCUAUCUUCACCUGACUUCCUCAUUUAGGAAAGAUUACUUCGGGUAAGGAUUUGAACAAUAUAUCAUUCCCUAACAUUUUCCAGGUCAUAAAACACAUGUUGUGAGACCUUGCCAACUUUUGCAUGAUUCAUUUUGACUUCCUACUGGCUUUCAUAUCAAUUUCUAAUGUGAAACGAUGUCUGUGCAACAUUUUUCAGUCGCCGUCCUACUUUAGGAAGUGUUCUCCAUUUUCAGGAACACUAUAAGAGAGUUCCAUUACCGUAGUUGCCCAAAAGCAAAUGGAACUCGAGUCCUUGUUUGUUGUGCCUUGUGUCGUGAUAACUCUCGUAAGUCUGAUCGUCAUCGGUAGAGACCGCCAUUUGGCAGUAAACAAUUCUAUUGCGAAACUUUAUCGCGUGACACGCAAACGCUAGGGUUAUAGAAUGUUAUAAUUUGGUUUUAUCAAUUUAAUUGAUAUUGUAAAUUGGCCACCGAAAAGAUUUUCCGAAGCUGAUGUUUUGAGCAUAAGCCCAUUGUCAAAGACAAGAUAAUUUGUUUGUUUUUUUUUAACCAAAUUAUCAACACAGUUUUUUUUAUAAACUUGCCCUUUUAAUCAUGCAUAGAAUCUCUGUUUCGUAUUGGUGACAUUGUGACAACCAUCCGCUUCCUGUGGCCGUUGCCUCUGUGGCUUUGAUAUUUAAAAUUUUCUGCGUCAUUGUUAAGGUUUCCUCGUAUAAGGACACGCUGCACCAAAAUCACGAAUUUCAGCCACUGAACGAAUAAACACCUGAAGGUAGGCCAAGGGCUCUCCCUUUUGAACGCGAUGAAAAGCAGAUUAAGUUUGGCCAUUGACUUCCUGCGUCUGUUUUUAAUCGUUAAUGCUUGUACUCCGUUAAUUUUGCUUUCUUGUUGAAUACCAGCAUCUGUUUUUAAUCGUUAGUGCUCGGAAUAGUGCAUGGGAAAUCAAGGUCCUUCUUUUCCAUCAUAUCAAGUUUUCAUCCCAGUAAAUGGAUUACUGAACCCCCCUAUGAAGUGAAACAAUAGGUGUACCUAGUGGUAAUCAUAGGUAUCUCUAUAAAUGCUUUAAACCAUACUAUGCGAUUCAGGAGACAUUUCACCUACGCUUCGUACGUGUUCCCUCUCGAUGUCCUCUCGAGGUUUCGUGACUUCAUCCUGAUUAUUAUUUCUGUCAAGGAUAAUUUGCACCGUAGCUGUUAAGUAAUUUUCAUUUUGUUAAGUGCAUAGACAUUUGAAUCACAUAAAGCAGAGAGAAAGAAAAUUCAUUUUACGUGCCUUGCGGAAAGCCUCAGAUAUUCGCAUUGUUUAUAUAACUUACAUAAAUGUAUCCGGGUUUAAUGAAAAUUUUCCUCUUUCUGAACCAUUUUCUGAAAAAACAGCUCCGGGAGACCUUUACGAGGAAGAUUGACCAACGACAGGCGAGCAGUUAAAGAACCGCAAUAUUUGGUUAAAAUCAUGUAAAUUAAUAAAAAUUACAAAGGAAUCAGGCCAUAUUUUUCAUUUGCUACGCUCGAAAUUGCGAGCAAAGUGUAAACUCCAAAACACAAAGAAAUGUCAAUUUCGUAAAUACUAGCAUCUCUCCUUACCCCUCUCUCCUAUGUCUAAGUGUUUCAGCACUAUUAGUCUCAAUGGCCGAGUGAUUCUACAAAAAAUACAUUAAUAGGAUUAACGUAGUAUUUGCGCAAACUUCGCUUAUCAUAUAAAAAGUGGGUAUUAGAUAGAAGGUUCCAGAACACCUUAGGCGCACAAAAGAUACGUUAUCUCACCGUGGUUAUCAGGCGUCGUUUUUUCUAUUGAAAUAAUUGCUCAGUUUGAAGUCCUUACGGGAUAUAAUUGAAGUUGACGUCGUUAAAUAUCUCUUGCUACCAAUUAAAGGUAAAAGCAAUCCACGGGUUUCAAUUAGAAUUGGUAAGGAAUAGCUCUUUGUGGUUUGCUCGUAUCAUUACCUGCUACAAGCAAUGAUUUUCAAAGACCACCACAGCGAUUUAAAAGAACGAUGGGAGGCGAAGGGUCAUGUUAACUCCGCGGGAGUUCAAGAUACAGCUAUUGUCAAAAUAUAUUUUCCAUAGAUAGUUGAAUGCUGAACAUAAACAAAACCGAAAUCUUCUUUGAUGUACGUUAAAAAUUAAAUAUCACUCACGACAUCCCUUGAGUCAAAAAACUAAUAAAUAGGCGAUUCUCUUGGGACAGAAACCAGUCGAAGAGGGGACGUUCAAAUUUUGCGAAGUGCGUUGAGAAGGUAUGGCGACAUUUGAACGAACGGCCCUCGUUUAAAUUUUGUGUAAGGUAAAAAAGGAGAGAGAGGGGGUAAAAAAUCGCAAAAUAUCGUCAAAAUAUGGGCUGAGACGAGAAAACUUCUAAUUUUGGAAAUCAUCCGGCUUUGCAGUAGGCAGGAUAACUUGUGCACAAGAUGAUAAGUUUAGUCACUUUUAAACUUUUUGCAUUGAAUUUUCACUUUCCAAGUUGUGAAAAAAAAGGUAAUAUAGUGCGACAAAUUUGCAAAUAAGUGAGCGGAAAGCUGAUUAAUGGUUUGAGAAGAAAUAUUUUCUUUUAAGGGCAGCAACUAAGAUUAUUACGAAACUUCAUCUCUGUUUAAAGGGAGGGAAUUCCAUUAUUGAUUGAUCAAAACUUAAAGAAGACGAACUUUUUUUUUUUAUUAUUUCCUUUUCAUGUCACAAGAUAUAAACCAUGCAGUUGUAAAUCAGUUUGAUCAUUGCUUUUGACUCGGUUCCCUUUUUUCUUUCUGAUAAAUAAGACGAGUAUUUAACAAAUUGUUUCAUCUUAACACAGAUAUUUUGGGUGGAUCGAAAUGAGCACCAACUGCUUAGAAACCAAUGUAACAUUUCCUGUGUACCUCCUGGACAAAGAACCGUUUGGAGUAACCAUCUUACGAAUUGGUUUCCAAAUUGCCCUGGGCUUCUUGGGGGUUAUUGGGAACAUGACAGUCUGUGUGGUAAUUAUCCAAAAGCCCAAGGUACUUGGACCCGCAAGCCAGUACCUCUUCAGCCUGGCGAUAGCAGAUCUUUGUACACUGAUCUUCAAUUUGCCAAUUGCCAUUUUAAAGGAGGAAGAUCCGUUCAGGUGGUCACUUGGCCGAGCCUUUUGCCUGUACAUUAUGCCGACUACAGAAACGUUCUUUGGCGCUGCUAUUUUUUCUAUCGGCUUGAUUGGGUUCGAGAGGUACGUGAACAUCGCUCGAAAAACAGCCCGCGCCCGGAGAAGGCUAUCGUACAAGAAAAGGUGCUUUAUUCUGAUCGGUGUGUGGGUUUCUGCUUUUGCUUUUGGUUCCAUUCCUCUGUAUGCGUUUAUGGAGUACGACUCGUGUCACAAAAUGUGUUACCUCCCCUGGUCGAUGACAGAAUACAUGACCUACAUCAUGACCCUCACGGUCCUUUGGUACGUAUUUCCUCUGGCUGUCGUCGCCUUUAGUUACAUAAAAAUCGCGCAGCUGGUCUCCAAAAGGACCACUUCUCUACAGGGUAUGCCUUAUGGUUCCACGAGUAUGGGAAACCUUCACUCCUCAAGUAUCAAAACCAUGCUGCGCCAAAAAAGGAAGACGUAUCGCAUCCUUACACCUUUAGUAAUUUUGUUUGCGGUGUGCAUGCUCCCACUGACUCUGCUCAGAUUGGUUGCGAUAUUUUGGACAGAGAUUGCUUUUCAGCCAUAUUACACUGUUCUGCUUACUCUGAUGGUUGUAUCAACGAUAUUGAACUCUGCUGCAGACCCAGUCAUCUACUGCGUUGUAAACAGGGAGUUCCGCCAGCAAGUUAAAAGUAUUUUUGGUGUUACUCGCCUUUUUCAAAAGCUUGGGAGAUUUAUUAGCAUCAGAAGUUUAUCUUUAAAGGGAAAAGGAAGUUUCACAGUUUCUGUCGAAAGCCAAACAUCACAAACCACCCGUUUGUAGAAACUUAGGGAGAGGAAACUAGGACCUUUAAAUAGUAGAGCGGCCUUAAGAACUAUGGAAGCAAAUGAGAAAAGCAAAGAUAACCAACUUCGAUUACACUUUUAUUUUCACGUGCAAACGUGUAACGCAUGAUAAACAUCGGUAAUUAGUUGAAGGAUACAGCGAUAAUUUUUAAGUUGGACUUGUAGCUAAAAGAGGUGUAUCAUGAAAUAAAAAUAAAAUUAUCCUAACUCCCGCCCACAUUUUGUAAUCUCGCUUUCAAUGUAUUGUGAACGUGCAGUUUGAAUCACCUUCGUGUGUCGGCUGUUUGUCACGGCAUAACCGCUACGAACCGAACAUAACGACCC